AUGGAUUCUGCAGAGUUUGCCCCAUUCCAGGAUAAGCUGAAAAUCGCUUUGGUAAACGUGACUCGCACCGUGGGCCAACUUGCUUCGGAGGAUUUAAAUUUCCACCGCAGCUCCAGCGGCGAGUUCACUGAGUUGGUUGACGAGCAGAGCGAACGACUUCUGGCUCUGACUUCGGCUGUCUUAAAAGCGGCCACGACCGGCACCGACCUCCAAACCCCGGCACUUGAAGAUGAAGAAUCUAUUGAAGACAAUUGGCGCGGCGUAGUGGACGUGAUCGACUCUCUCUUGGAAAAGGCGGAUGCCUGCCUCGAUGAGUUCACGGGCGUGAUCAAAAAGUUGAGUCCGGCGCAGGAGGAACAAGCCCCUUUGAAGAAAACUUCAAAAUUCCCGACUAUCUACGACUACGGGCCCUCAAAAAUUCCCAAACCCCAGCUCCUCUUUGAUCACAAAAUCGAUAAUUCGGACCUGGGUCCUUUCCGUCCUCUCCUCAAGACUAAGCCACAUGCGAUUGUGCCGCUGUCAAAAUCCUUGAAGACACAGCAGAUCGAUGGGAAAGAAGGCUACCCGAGCCCAUACGAUGCCGAGAUCCGCGCCGCGCAGUACCCGAAGCCGGUCUACGAGACCUCACCCCCGAUCGAUUACCUACCUUUUGAGAACACAACUGCGACACUUGUCGAUACCAUGGAAGGCGUCAAGGAAAUGCUGGAAGAGCUGAAGGAGGUGAAGGAGAUCGCGAUCGAUUUGGAACACCACGACGUACAUUCCUACCAUGGUCUGGUUUCAUUGAUGCAAAUCAGUACGCGGAAUAAGGACUGGAUCGUCGAUACUUUGAAGCCAUGGAGACAAGAACUUCAGAUUUUGAACGAAGUCUUUGCCGACCCUGGGAUUCUGAAGGUCUUGCACGGUUCUACCAUGGAUAUUAUUUGGCUUCAGCGCGAUCUCGGUCUAUACAUGGUCGGCAUGUUUGACACUUUCCACGCAGCCUCUGCACUGGGAUACCCGAAGCGCAGCUUGAAAUAUCUUCUGCAGAAAUUCGUCAACUUUGAAGCCGACAAGCGAUACCAGAUGGCCGAUUGGCGCAUUCGUCCACUUCCAUCAGGCAUGUUUGACUAUGCACGCUCCGAUACCCAUUAUCUUCUCUUCAUCUAUGACCAUUUACGAAACGAUCUUAUCGAAGCAUCAACCCCCGAAGAAAGCCUCAUCGAUUACGUUAAAGAGCGAUCCCAGAAUGAGGCCCUUCAACGAUAUGAGCGCCCGGUUUAUGACGAGAAUAAUGGACACGGCGCAGGAGGAUGGUACGACUUGUUGACUCGUAACUCGGGAGUACUCAGCAAAGAGCAAUUCGCAGUGUUCAAGGCCGUGCACAAGUGGCGUGAUGAGGUCGCGCGGGCGGAAGACGAAGGCUUCCAGUGUGUUUUCCCGAAACAUAUGCUUUUCCGACUGGCUCAGACAAUGCCAGUUGACAUGGGUACCUUGCUCCGUACCGUGUCACCCAUGACUCCGAUUACCAAGGAACGCAUAGAUGAUCUAUUAGACGCCAUCAAAGAGGCCAAGAUUGCUGGGGUCAAUGGCCCAGAGUGGCGUGAUGUUGCACCCCCACCAAAGGCGGGUGCAAAGCCCGUUGCAUUGCAGAAUGGAGAUUUCCCUGUUGCCGAAGCUUAUGAAGAAUCUCAGUUCUGGGGUAACACCUUAAAAGCUCGCCAGCCUUCUACUCCUUUGGAGUACUCCCUUGUUGCAUGCAAUGAGGCACUCAGACUUUCUCUUCCCUUGCCGCCAAUGCCAUCCACAGUCGCUGAAGCUCGCGCGAAGUUUGUUGAUGUCCAGGUGGCCCCAGUUUCAUCUCCCAAGGUUGAAGCUUCACCUGCCGCAACUCCUCCGGCACCAGAGGAAAAGAAAGUUUUCACUGUUAAGGAACUUGGCGGUCCUCGCAAGCGCAAGGUUACCCCUGUUGAAAAGCCAGAGAAAGAUGUACUCACUCUUGACGGCAUCGACGACUUCAGUGGAGACGAAGAGUCUGCGGCGAAGGAACGCAAGAAGGCCCGCAAAGAGAGAAAGGCCCAGAAGGCCGCUCAGGCUCAGGCCGAAUCUACUCCAUUUGAUUAUGGCGCCGCAGACUCUGUCUUGAACGCACCCUCCUCGCAUGCCCCUGGAAUGCAAUCAAAGUACAAGAAGGCUCACAAUCCUUACGCAAAGGCGCUCGAGGCUCCCUCGGGUGUGCGCCAUACGAAGCGCGACAUCGCCGGCAAGUCUAUCACAUUCCGCAAGUAA